AUGUCCAGCGAAUCAGCAAACAAUUCGCCAUUUACACCAGCUGGACCACAAUCAGCAACCUCGGAUGAGUCCGAUAAAUCUGUGGACGGGUUCAAGCACUUUUUCCAGCUCGCUAAGCAGAAGAUGAAAAAAUUUUCAAAACCUUCAACUGCCACCACCAAGAACAUCCCCGCCGGAGGUUUCGACUGGGAUGAGGUGGAAAAUAACAAUCACAACAAUAGCUUUAACAAUAACAAGCCAAUUCCCCACGAGCAAGAGCUCGUUCUCAACAAAGGAGAUCAAAACAUUGGCUCAUCUACCGGUGUAUCUCAAGCUGAUCCCUAUUACGCCCUUACGUACCAGCCAAGAUGA